AUGAAGAGAAGCGGACGAUUUGUCCGAGGAGACCCCUCGGAAAAUCCAAAUGCUCUACAUGAUUUUCACAAAGCUCGUCGCGGCCCCAAGAAUGUUCCUCACACGGUCAUGGCUAAACCGAACCAAAAUAACGAACCAAAGGACCCGGGACAUCCAUACUCGAGGACUGAGAAUAUCGACUUCAGGUUUUAUGAUCAGAGGACCUCGAAUGCUCCAUUUGGAUAUGAACAUUUUGUGUCCUUACCGCCUGCUUAUGGGGGAGAAGAAAGCAAAAAGUGGCCUUUGAUUCUUUUCCUGCAUGGCGCGGGCGAGUCUCAGCGAGGCAAGAAUGAGUCGUUAGCAUCUAUCAGACAUGGAAUACCUAAAAUAAUUCUCUGCUAUGACAAACUGAAAGCAGACCCUAAAAACGCCUCGCCCACGAUAUCGAUACCUCUAGCCCAAAGAUUGAGACAGAGCAGGCAGACUAAGCAAGGAGACAAGUCUGUCGAUCCUGUUAGUCCAGAUGUCUGUACGAUGGUGGCUGAGAACUUCAUCACUGUGACACCGUCGUUGAACAUGGAGUGGGGAUAUGGAUGGAAUGCAUCGAUCUUGUCGGCUCUCCUGGAUGAAGUUGUAGAACGAUAUCAGGUCGAUCUGGAUCGAAUUCAUGUCACCGGAUUCAGUAUGGGUGGGUAUGGGACAUGGGAACUCGGAAUACACUCGCCCAACAGGUUUGCAAGCCUCAUGCCCAUCUGUGGUGGAGGAGAUCGAUUGAGAGCUGGUCUAAUCAAGCAUGUCCCGCAAUGGGUCCACCACGGUGAUUUGGAUGAUGUGAUCCCAUUACGGGCUUCCGAACAGAUGGUUGAGACCUUGACAGAGGCAGGUGCCAAGGAAGUCAUAUUCACGAGAUAUUCAGACCUGAUGCACGACAGUUGGACGGCAGCGUACAAUAACCUUGAUGUUUAUUCCUGGAUGCUAAAGCAAAAAAGGGAGUAUCAUGGUGAUGAAGAGGUGGUUCCCGACGAGAACAAGGUGAUAUUGCCAACUUCGUGA